ACUCGAUAAUAUUGUGGAAAGAAGCAUGCAGCAGCAGCAGCUUCAAGCCCGCCUUAUGAAGUGUCUCUCCUGUUCUCACUCUCACCUCCCACUACCACCGCCACCGCCACCGCCGUUCUCUUCCCUUCAGCGUUUUGCUUCUUCUCAACCCAAAGGUGUUGCAAAGGUUAUUCUAAAGAAGGGUAAGACACAACUAUUCAAGGAUGGAAGCCCAAUGGUUUAUAGUGGAGCAAUUGAUAGAAUAAUUGGUAGACCACCACCUAAGACUGGAGAUAUUGUGUUGGUAGCAGAUGGGGCAGAGAAACCUAUUGGAUGGGGUUUGUAUAAUUCGGUUUCCAUGUUCUGUGUUCGGCUCAUGCAACUAGAAGAGGAAGCAACAAGAGAUCCUUCUUGUGCACUUGACAUGGAGAAACUUCUUGAAACAAGAAUCAAUGCAGCUGUAGAGUUACGUCGUGGAUUAGGGCUUCCUUCGGCCACUACGAAUGCAUAUCGUCUUGUCAAUAGUGAAGGAGACAGAUUGUCAGGAUUAAUUGUCGAUGUCUUUGGAGAUUUAGCAGUGGUAGCAUCAUCUGCUGCUUGGGUUGAGAAAUACAAAUCAAAAGUUAAAGCAUGCAUCAGUAGCAUUGAUGAGAUUAAUCAUAUACAUUGGAGACCUUCUGUUGAAAUUUUAAAAGAAGAAGGAAUGGAUGCAGCAGAUCUGAAAGAAUUGCAUCCAUCCACUUGUCCCCAGAGAACUAAGGUUAUAGAAAAUGGAAUAUCUUAUGCAAUCUCAUUGGAGGGUCAAAAGACAGGAUUUUAUGCUGAUCAGCGGGAAAAUCGAAUGUUCUUGUCAACGAUUUCCCAUGGUCAGAGAGUUCUAGAUGUUUGCUGCUAUAGUGGUGGUUUUGCCCUAAAUGCCGCAAAAGGAGGUGCUAUGAGUAUUACCGGUGUUGAUACAUCAUUGCCUGCACUAGAGCUAGCCAGAGAAAAUAUUGCUCUCAACAAUCUGGACCCUGAAAAGACUUCUUUUUUGAGAGAAGAUGCAACUGUAUUUAUGAAGGGUGCUCUUUCUAGAAAUGACUCAUGGGAUAUAGUUAUUCUUGAUCCUCCAAAACUUGCACCAAGCAGAAAGGUUCUCCAAAGUGCUUCAGGCAUGUAUAGAAACUUAAACUCACUAGCAAUGAAAAUAACUAGAAGAGGUGGCCUUCUCAUGACCUGUUCUUGUUCAGGAGCGAUGACUCAAAGUGGGGCAUUCUUGCGCACUCUUCAGGGCGCCGCCUCGAUGGCCGAGAGAAAAAUCACAGUCCUAAGGCAGAGCGGAGCCGGCUGUGAUCAUCCCAUUGACCCAUCCUACCCAGAGGGUGCAUACCUUUCGAAUAUCCUGCUUCGAGUACUUUGACAUUUCAUUCUUUCAGAAGCAUUGCAUGAUGAUGAUGAUGAUCAUGGUGGUGAUGAUUUUGUGCUGUUAAUUAAAAAUUCUAUUACUGUGUAUUGAGAUGUUGCUGAAAUUAUACAUGGAAUUUACUGAUAGAAGCUAGCUAUCCCAGGCUUCAAAUUAGAAUGAUUUACUAUAUGAAUUAGUCAUUUCAGUACACACAUGCACACUAGUAAUUUAAUUCGAGUCCGUUAAAACACCUUCGGACCCUCCAUGAUACACAUCACCCUUAAAUGCACCAUCAACAUUGAAUUUCAACGAACCUUCCACGGGUGGACUCCAUAUUUUGAUCUUCGCACAAUCCUUCUUGGAAGCCUUCGAAUCCGAAACAUACAUCGCAGCUUCAUCUGUGUUACCGGUUACUAAUGAAUUAUCAAAGGUGUUCUUAACAUUUUGUUUGUAAUAACUAGUCUUUUCAUCGCA